AAAGGAGUCUUUCUAUUUUCCGAAAAAUCCUCGCCCCCAAAACCACUGCUUAAACCCCUCUCAAUCACUGAUUCACUUUCCUAUUUUUCUCACUAUCACACACACACACACACUGUAAUGGCGUUCAUACGAAAUCACCACUCUCUAAUCUUCUUUCUCCUCUUUCUCUCUCUUCCACUUUCUCACUCCUCCUCAAUCCACGAUCUCCUAAAAUCGAUGGGGCUGCCGGCGGGCCUGCUCCCGAAGGAGGUGAAGUCCUUCACCUUCUCCGGCGACGGACUGCUCGAGGUUUUCCUCGACGGUCCGUGCCUGACAAAAUUCGACACCAUGGCCUUCUACGAGAGCGAGGUACGCGCUAAUCUCACCUACGGCAGCCUCACCGGCGUCGAAGGCCUCUCGCAGGAGGAGCUCUUUCUAUGGCUUCCAGUCAAAGAUAUCAUCGUCGACGAUCCCUCGUCGGGGCUCAUACUCAUCGACAUCGGACUCGCGCACAAGCAACUCUCUCUCUCUCUCUUCGAAGAUCCGCCGGACUGCAGCGCCAAAAGUGGAGUAUUGAAGGUGGCCGCCGGGGAAGACAAGUCAUUUGCAGCAUGGAGAUAAAGAAACUGCUACUUGUGGUUUUUUUUUUUUUCUUUUUUUUUUUUAAAUUUUAAAGUAAUUUUUUUUAAUAGAUUAUAAUGAUUAGUUAGUAUUUAGGAAUUAAUAUAUGUUUUUGGUAUUGGGAAUCAGAUGUCCUGAUUAUUAGGCUAGAAAUGCUAAUCUUCUAACUUUUAUCGGGUCUAUUUUAUGGUACCUUGAGCACUUAAUUCAGCUAAUAAUAUUCAAUCAUAAUCGUUUAAAACACGAUUUAUGGUAUGCGCUUGUAGUAA